AUGACGACCGGCGACGCGUCCACACCGCGCGUGAUCGUCCAGGGUGCGGUUGAAGGGGCGAAACACGUGUCACUGAGCAACAUCUGUCACGGACGAACGUUCGAUUGCGCGUUCGCGCCGAGAGAACGUUGGGAAAGCGUGAGAGGUGCUCAUUUCGAUGAAAUCCUCGUGACGUGCGGUGAAGACGGCGCCGGACGUGUUUUCGGCGUUCGCGCGGACGAUAACGAUGGUAUUGUAACGCUCGAACGUAUGGGUGCGGCGAGGGGACACACGGAGGAGGUGGUGCGCGUGAGCUGCGCACGCGCCUCGGGACGUUUCGCCACGGGUUCAGCGGAUGGAACGUGCGCGUUGUGGUCUCUCGAAGCGACGGGUGAGGUGAAAGCCGAAACGCGCUUUGAGGGGCAUCCUGGGGAAGUUUACGGGAUCGCUUGGUUGGGCGAAGGCACGGGCGCGGACGGUUUGGCGACGUGCAGCGAGACAGAGGUGUUCCGGUGGGAUGUUGAGCGCGGGACGCUGGUCGAAAAGGCGGGAGAGAGAGAGGCGAUGGAUUCAGUGAGCGAGAGCGCGGCGACGCCGGAACGGUGGCGACCGGGAUAUUUAUUCUCCAUGGCGCACGGUGGGGGGAUGUUGGCGUGUGGGUGCUCGGACGGGGUGGUCCGGAUUUAUAGCGAUGGUAAGAGUAGUCGAUUCGGAGCUCUUGUGGUGGAGUUACCGGUACACCCGAAUGCCAUCGUAGGGUCCACAUGCUUCGUCGGCGAUGGCGUGGGUUUGAUUUCUGUAGGUCUAGAUGGCACCGUCGUCAUCACAGACACAAGGAUGUGGAGGACGGUUCGACGAGUGACUUCAGAUUCGCAGCUCACCAGCGCAUGCGAGGUUGGUUCGGGAAGCGAGUGGUUCGCAAUGGUCGGACGAUCCGGCAUUGUGCGCACACUCAGCGCUUUUGGAGACUCAAAUCCGAAAUGUACACUCGAGGCGAAAGAUCCCGUGCCCUUGUACUGCGUCGCAUCGAAUGAGCGAGGUACGAUGUUGGCGUGCGCAGGCGCCGGAGUACCAUCCAAAACACUAGCUCUCGCAUCGGCGUUCGCGACGAAGCGGCCCGAUCCAAGUCGAUUAGAUUUAUUUUACUAG